GGCAGAUAGGCUGUGAUGAGCUAGCGAAAAUAGCCAAGAAUCCCAUACAUCCCAGAGCUUGUGAAAGAACCGAGGGAGAACCAGUCGCUUUAGACUUGUGAAGUAGCUCAACGCGAAAAUGCAGAUCACACUGAAAACCCUCCAACAGCAGACGUUUAAAAUCGACAUUGACGCAGAGGAGACGGUAAAGGCCUUAAAGGAAAAGAUAGAGAAUGAGAAGGGGAAAGACAGUUUUCCUGUCGCUGGGCAGAAGUUGAUAUAUGCAGGCAAAAUCCUUAAUGAUGACACAGCACUCAAGGAAUAUAAAAUAGACGAGAAGAACUUUGUGGUGGUUAUGGUGACAAAGCCUAAAGCGGCCCCCGCUGCUGCUGCUGCUGCCCAGACUUCUGCUGCCACGACAACAAGCAGCGCUUCCUCCAGCACUACAGCUCCAACCGCCCCCUCCGCAGCCUCGUCGGCAGCCGACGCCACCCCCGAAAGUGCCGCAAAGGAGGACAAACCGGCAGAGGAGAAACCCCCCACGAGUACAGCCCCCACUUCUACACCUGCCAGUUCUUCUGCCCCCUCAGCAAAUGUAAACAUAUUUGACGAGGCAACUUCUGCCCUGGUGACGGGUCAGUCGUAUGAGAACAUGGUGACUGAGAUCAUGUUGAUGGGCUAUGAGAGAGAGCAGGUGGUGGCAGCACUCAGAGCCAGCUUCAACAACCCCGACCGUGCCGUGGAGUACCUGCUCACGGGUAUCCCUGCGGAGAGUGAGGGUCAGGCAGGUUCAGACCCUGGGGCUCCGGCAGCAGGAGGAACUCCAGCUGGCUCCGCCGGAGGCCUGUCCUCCCCUACCAGCACAGCCCCAACACAGCAACCUUCUGCUGGGGCCAACCCGCUGGAUUUUCUGAGGAAUCAGCCACAGUUCCUGCAGAUGAGGCAGAUAAUUCAGCAGAACCCCUCUCUGCUUCCAGCCCUACUACAGCAGAUUGGCCGAGAGAACCCUCAGCUACUGCAGCAAAUCAGCAGCCACCAGGAGCAGUUCAUCCAGAUGCUUAACGAGCCUGCCCAGGAGGCGGGGCAGGGAGGUGGUGGGGGUGUGGCAGAAGCUGGAGGUGGGCAGAUGAACUAUAUUCAGGUCACACCCCAGGAAAAGGAAGCCAUUGAGAGGCUAAAAGCCCUAGGAUUCCCCGAAGGACUUGUUAUACAGGCUUACUUUGCCUGUGAGAAGAACGAGAACUUGGCUGCAAACUUCCUUUUACAACAGAACUUUGAUGAUGAUUAAAGGGAGUCAUAGUGAUUUUGAUCUAUAUUUUUUUUUUCUCCUGCUUUUUUUUUUCAAUUGAUCAUAUUGGGAAGAAAAAAAAUAAACACAGGCCUUCAUGUUCUGCAAAAUUUUUACGACAGAUACGACUGCUUGGUAACACUGGAUGGUCAGCAACCGCAGCAUCAAGAGCAGCAGCAUUAUUGUGCAGGAGAGUUUACUGUUUCAACUCAGAUGGGAAAUUAAGUAAAAAACAAAACAAAACAAAAAAAAAACAAAAAAAAAAAACACAACAACAAACUCCCCCCAACUCGCUUCAUCAGAUAUUGACUCUGCCACCUCCACCUGUUCUCUUU